AUGAACGAAAUUGAAAAGCCAUGGAAACUAUUAAUGAUAAAAUUUGAAAUUCCACAAUCAAAGAGGAUUCAAUUUGAAAAGAUUAUUAGAACCCAAACACCAGAAUCUGCAUCAAAAUUAGCAACUGCAUCUUUAACAAGAAAUGAAAUGAUUAUUAUUAUCGAAAAAAGUUCACCAUCUUCAAUUAUAAUGGCUUGUGAAAAAUAUAUACCAGAUUUAUAUGGUUUAGUUUCAACUGUUGAGGAUAAUAACACACUUAGAUUAAAUGAACAAUUAUCAUUCAAUUGGUCAUCAAUAGCAAGUAAAAGUUUUUAUAGUGGAUUUUCAUUAAGAUUCGAAUUAAUAAUGAAUUUAGUUACUUAUGGGUUUGCUCAUUAUAAUCGUGCAGCCGAGAUUAAUGAUUCAUCAAAUGAAGCAAAUUUUGACGAGAAUGCAAAGUUAAUAAUUAAUCAUUUAAAGAUAGCAGCAGGUAUUUAUAAUUUUAUAACAUCAUUUGAAAUGCCACGUUGGCAACACCCACCAGAAGAUCGUCCAGUUGAAUGUCAUAACAAUUUCAUAUUGGCAAUGUACGAACUAUGUUUAUCAACAGCAUUGGCAGUUACCGUUAGAAAAGCUCUUAAACAAGGUACUUCACCAGGUGUAAUUUCAAAGCUCUCUUGUGAAGCAUGGCACCGUGCUGAAAUGUCAAAAAGUUUCUUAAAAGACUUGGGUAGUCAAUUUUAUAAAAAAUUACCAAAAUCACUAAGAACUUAUUAUUCAACUUUAAUCAAACUACAACAUUCAACAACAAUGAUGUUUAUGGCUUUAAAUUCAAAAUCCCAACAAAAUUUUGGUGAUGCAUUAGGUUAUUUUUCAAUUGCUUUACCAUUAUUAAAAGUUAAAAAACCAUCUGAAACAAGAAUAGCAAAUAUUUUAAAUGGUUUAAUUACAGAAAUUCAAAACGAAAGCAACACUUUUUCAAAAGAAAAUGAAGUUAUCUAUUUCCAAAAGAAAAGUGAUCCAAACUCAUUAGAAAAGCCCUCACCAAUGGCAAAGAGUAUUAUAAAUAUGAUAACUUUUUCACCACCAUGUCCAUCUUUUAUAGAUAUACAUUAA